UGAACUUUAUUUAUUUCCCCCAGUCAUAUUUCAUUUGCUGACUGACGUGAUAUAGAAUGUUUAUCUACAGGAAAUUCCAAUUGCAAAAUCAGAGCCCAUUUCUGAAUAAAUUCUGUUUCAAGUCAGCGGCUUGCCAGAAUUUUGAACACAGACCGAGGUACCCUGCCUGACGCGAUGGGUUUAGCCGCUAUCUUCCUUUUAUUCGCUCUCUUCUGUGGCUCUCAUGGCUCAGAGGACACUGUCGUGAAAAGAGCUACAGGGAGGGAGUACUACUCAGUCCUCUCUGUGGAUAAUGGCCGGUCAUGGGGAAGCUGGGCCAACACAGAGUUGUGCCCAACUGGCUUUUAUGCGACAGGUUUUAGUCUUAAAGUUGAGCAAUUCCAGGCACAAGGUGAUGACACUGCAGUGAAUGGGAUUCGCCUUUAUUGCUCACGGCAAGGACGUAGCCAUUGGUCUCACAUAGAAUCAAAAUCAGGACCGUGGGGUGAAUGGACAAGUGUUCAGUUCUGUCCGUUCGGGUUACUGAAGUCCUUCCAGCUGAGGGUGGAGCCUCAUCAAGGUGAUGGUGACGACACGGCAGUGAACAACAUCAGGUUCCAGUGUUCUGUCAGUGGGAGGCUGGAAGGCAAUGGUAUGUCAUGGGGGAACUGGGGAAAAUGGAGUUCCGAGUGCCCUUAUGGUGGGAUCUGUGGUAUUCAGACAAGGGUAGAAGCACCUCAGGGGAAUGGAGAUGAUACUGCUCUUAAUGAUGUACGCUUCCUAUGCUGCGUAUAGAGAUUUAUUACGUGGACGGUGAACACCAAAUGGAUCGGCCCAUUAACAAACAGAUUAAAAUGAACAGAUGAAUGUUCCAUCUUUCAGCGCAUUUAGUUUACACAUCUGAGGAGCGUAUCCAUGUGACAUGUAACAUGUGACAUUGUAAUAUAUAAAUUGUCUCCAUGUGAAUUGUGCAAAAGACUGCACAUAAUCUUUUUAAUGAAAAACUCCAUUUGUGCACUGAGAGUUGAUUUUUUUAUUCAAAGUUAUUCUAAGAUAUUGAUAAUACCUGAGAGGUACCGCAUAGCCAAAAUGUGUUCAGAAUGUGGAACACAAUGAAAUCAUGUGCAGCUACAUUCAAUUCCAAUUCAAUAUUCCAACAUUCAAAAUCACGUGGUUUCCUCUGUGUCUUCCCUAUUUUAAGUCAUGAACUGGUCCUCAACCUUGAUAAACCUGAGGUACAUGUGAAUAUGAGAACUACAGGUAGAGACACACAUGGGGUUUCAGUUAGUUGUGUCUGGAUUCCAUCAGCAUUAGUUAAGAUGAUAAUUAUGUCAGAGGGUGUUUUUCACCAUUGCUGUAUCCAUUUGUUAUUGUGAGGAAAAAUAAACACAUACAUCAUGACAAAUUA